CCCCGACAUAAAUCGCAUGCGUUCGAAUAUCACCCUAACUACGUUCCAUUACAAACUAACUCCAAACAUCAACAAAACAAAAAGUCUGUUUUGUUUCUUUUUUGGAAAACGGAAUUUGGAUCGUGGAAACGUCACCACGAUCAGUGUCAUUUUCGCGUCCAAAUAUUUGGAUCAAAAUUCUAGUAACAGUUAUAAAAUCUUAGUGCGACUGUGUCUUAACAUACCGGUGUGAAUCGUUCCUCCUCAGCGUUAAGCAAGUCACCAACAGAAGAUGCUUUCGCCUGAUUUGCCAAAUGCCUUCGGCUGUUCAGGACGUACGACAACUCAUCCAGAGAGCCCGCGACGGUGCAGCCUGUCGCCGCGGAAGAAAUCGCCUCGUGGCAUAAGUGUACCCAGUUCCGUCUCCCAAUUCCUUCGAUCGUACGACUAUGAAACUGAAACGGGCCUUCUUGAUGCCAUACCUGAUAGAGAGUGGCGACUGUUGGCCGCUCUCGCGAGGAAACGAGCUGAAGAUGAUGAGCAGGAGAAACUGGCUACCGAGUUCCACAAACUAUGGCAGAAGGAGAAAGAAGAAAGAGAAAUUGUGGAAGCGGAAACUAUGCACGAGUACAAACGCUACAUUAUCCUGAAGCGGCGCGAGGAGAAGUCCCGGCAGGAGUUCAUGCGGCACCAGAAGUUCAUGGAGUCUCUCCUGCGGCAGCGAGAGCUGAUGGACAGCAUCAAGUGCAAGGAACACCGCAGUGCUGCGCUGCGAGCUUACCUUGAUGAUAAGAAGACAACCCUCCUCGUAGACAAGGCUCUAGAGGAAGAAGCCCGCGCACAACUGGCUGCCGACCGCCGCUCGCUCAUCAGCGAGACAGACCAGUUCAGGAAGCACAUUGAGUACAUGGACACGCAGAAGAGAGCUGAUGAUGCUCGUAGACGAAGAACUGCUAUGUUGAAGGAUGCUUCUCAGAAAGUGGCAAUACAGAACGCUCUAAGUUCGUGGGAGACUGCACUCCUUCGGCAAGAGGUGACAGCAAUGGACGCCGCGCGUCGAGCAAACCACGCUGCGCAUGCGGCUUUGACUGACGCGCGUAGUGUACGUCUCAUGCGCAUGCGUGACGCUCGCAGACGUCAGGCAAGACGCCUGGCCGUAGUUACUCAACAACUUAGGGAUUCUAUUCGAUAUGGUAAAAACUAAUAAGUUGGAAGAAAAUGUUGAAAAUUAUAGUACCUACUUUGUUUUAGCGGGACUUCUC